AUGACGUCUAAGAACCUAGAUGACGAGAUCACAGACAGCAGACUAGCACGCUACAACGCCAUCCAGCCCGAUAUCAAGCACUACCUAUCCGCGAUCCUCACACCACACUACCCUACGCUUUUCCAAAGACACUCGACGCCAGGUCACCCCUAUGACUCGCUAAAUCUAAUCGACUUGCUUCACGAUGGCGAGAUCUUGUGCCGACUAGGCCAGCUAGUGUCGCAUCCGCAGAACCCCACGGCAAAGUUCAAGUCGUCGUCAAUGGCGUUUAUCCAGAUGGAGAACAUCUCGUGGUUUCUUCAACUUUGCCAGUUGUUGCACGUGCCGCAUGACGAAAUUUUCCAGACGACGGAUUUGUUCGAAGGCAAGGACCCGUAUCAGGUUUGCGUUACCUUGAUGAGUUUUUCGAGGAUUGUGCACCGGUUGCAGGGAGAUGUAUUCCUGGAGGUUGUGGGGCCGAAACAGGUUCGAGUCAAGCCUACUAUUCCCAACAAGCCUCGGAGCUUGAGACAAUGA